AUGAACAAGCAGUGGAGUGAUUUUAACGAUAAUCUAAGUCGAGAACAAGCGAUUGUUUGGCGACUCGACGGCGAAGAAUGGAUACGCUAUUUAAACUAUAUUCAUGGUCCUGCUAGACAAUGGACAGAGUUGGCUCCUCUAUCAUCUUUCUGUUGUCGACGUGAAUCUUAUGAACGACUGUUAAAUCGUCAAUAUGGUCAUAUUGUCUUAUAUGGGAAUGGUUUCAUAAUUGAUGAAUUACAUUUCGUUUCAUUUCGAAUAUACUCUUUACUAGGUAUAGAAUUACAGAAUUUCGGUGAAUACCCAAUAACAUUAGGUUUAAGAUUUCAUACGUUUCUAAAUGCUGGCAAGAAUAGUCGAAAUGUUUAUUUUGACUUAUUUGCACCAUCAUCAGUCACACAGGAACAGGUACUAAGAAUUGCUCAAUGGUACAAUAGACGAAUAUCUGGACUCGAUGGAUUAAAUAUGGCUUUGGGAGGACUUCAACCUGCUGCGUCCGUAAUAGAAUUGGCCCGUUGA